GUGUUUGACCCUUUUCGUCAAAUUGGUCAGGAAAAUGUACCUCCUCCUCAGAAAUUCCCUCUGCAGAGAGUUAAAAGGUCUCAGAACCACUCUUUUGCGAUCAAGAGUGAAUUUCUGCCGAAAACCUGGUGCUCCGGAAAAGGCAUCCUUUCCUCGUCUCACCUACGGUGUCACCCUCGGUGGAUGUACAUUCCUGUCUCUCUAUAGCCUCCGCACGCGCCCCAUUAAUGCAAAAUGCGAACCCGUUGCACCCAUUCGGGAGAUUCCGCAUCAAUUUGAUUGGAAGCGACUCUGGAGCUACCUUAAGCCACAUUUCCUCAAACUCCUCGGUGCUGUGAUAUCUGCAAUUGUGGUUGCGUACCUCAAUAUCAAGAUCCCCAUUUUUCUGGGGGCCUUUGUGAAUACACUGACAAAAUAUGCCGGAAUUGGGGCGGCAUCGGUGAAGACGACUCUUGGGGAAUUCAUUGCUGACAUCCGUCGUCCUGGAUUUCAUCUCUUCACCCUCUAUGGGCUUCAGUCACUCUUCACAUUCGUCUAUAUCAUUCUUCUGAGUCAAAUUGGCGAGGAUAUGGCGGCAGCUAUUAAGCAGGAUCUCUACCGGCAGAUCAUCAUUCAGGAUCUUGCCUUCUUCGAUCGCAAUCGCACGGGGGAGCUCGUCAAUCGGCUCACAACGGACGUGCAGGACUUCAAGUCAUCCUUCAAGCAGUGCAUCUCUCAGGGAUUGCGCUGUGCUGCCCAACUAAUUGGUGGCGGAAUCUCCCUCGUGGCCAUUUCACCGCACAUGGCUGCUGUGGCUCUCAUCUCCGUUCCAUCCGUUGUACUGAUGUUCUCCAUGCUGGGACAAUCCCUCAGGGCUCUCAGUAAGCGUGCUCAACGACAAACGGAGAAGGCAACGAGUGUGUGCGAAGAAAGUCUCUCAAACAUCCGGACAGUGCGUGCAAAUGCGUCUGAGUAUCAUGAGAUUGAGGGUUUUGAGCGAGAAACAAAUGAAGCAGCUGUCCUGGCGCAGAGUCUCGGCUCUGGCAUUGCCGUCUUUCAAGCUCUGACCAAUUUUAUGCUGAACGGAAUGGUGGCAUCAACGCUCCUCUGCGGUGGCUACCUCAUGUCCUCGAAUCAAAUCACUGCUGGUCAGUUGAUGGCCUUCCUCGUGGCAGCUCAGGGUGUUCAACGUUCCCUGACACAGGGAUCACUUCUCCUUGGCUCCCUUAUUCGUGGUCUAACCGCAGGAACGAGAGUUUUCGAUUACUUGUCCCUCACACCACAGAUUCCCCUCGAAAGGGGGCUCACAAUCCCACAGGAUGUUCUCCGGGGGCACAUUCGCUUCCACAAGGUCACCUUUGCGUAUCCCACACGGGAUGAACAGACAGUGCUGCGGGAUUUCUCCCUGAUCCUCGAACCGGGGAAGACGGUGGCUCUUGUUGGGGCCAGUGGCUCAGGGAAGUCCACCGUAGCUGCCCUCCUGGAGCGUUUCUAUGAACCAACAGGCGGCACAAUUGAGCUCGAUGGCUUCAGUUUGGCUGAAAUCUCACCCAUGUGGCUGCGAGGGCGUGCAAUUGGCUUCAUUGAGCAGCAGCCAAUCCUCUUUGCCACGAGUAUCUUCAAUAAUAUCAAAUACGGCUGCCCUGAGGCUACGGAUGAGGAAGUUUACGAAGCAGCCCGCCUGGCGCAAUGCCAUGACUUUAUCCGGGAACUUCCCGAGAGCUACGACACGAAUGUUGGGGAGCGUGGGGUUCAGCUGAGUGGUGGGCAGCGACAGAGGAUUGCCAUUGCACGAGCAUUGCUGAAAAAACCCGCUAUUCUCAUCUUGGACGAAGCAACGAGCGCCCUGGACGCCACGAGUGAGGCAGAAGUGCAGAAAGCCCUGGACUCAGCUGUGAAGAAUCGCACGACGCUCGUUAUUGCCCACAGAUUGUCCACAAUACGCAAUGCAGACCUCAUUGUUGUCCUCAAUCAGGGGCGUAUCGUUGAGAUGGGCACCCAUGAGCAGCUCACAGCAAAGAAAGGACUCUACUUUGCCCUCGUGAGUCAUCAAAGUGAAUCCCGUGACGAAGAGUCGCGCCAAAGAGGCUAAAAAGUGUUCCAUUUAGACGCAAAUAUUAGAACUUUAUUCAAUUGUGA